UUCUGGUUUCCCUUGCCCAGAGCUCUCAGUGCUGUCGUUAGCACUAUGGGUACCUGGAGGGCUGCACUCCUGGCUCAGCCAGGCUGAGCCUUCCGUCCUCUGCCUCUUGGGCCUGGGAACCCCCCUUCUUCUUUCUCUUGGAUGGCACCUCCACCCAAGAGCCGGGACACCUGGGUUCUGCACUGUGGCUGGCUCCAGGAGCCAUCUGGUGACGGCCUCUGGCUGAGCAUGGCCCUUCUCACCCUGGGCCUGGACCCAUGGAGCCUCCUGGGCCUUUUCCUCCUCCAGCUGUUUCUGCUGCCAGCAUCUCCGACUGCAGCGGGUGGGCAGGGGCCCCUGCCCAGGGUCAAAUACUGUGCAGGGGACAGUCGCAGGAUGCUUAGCCUCUUCCACCAGAAGGGCCUCCAGGAUUUUGACACUCUGCUCCUGAGCGGUGAUGGAGACACUCUCUAUGUGGGAGCUCGAGAGGCUAUUCUGGCCUUGAAUAUCCAGGAUCCAGGGGUACCAAAACUGAAGAACAUGAUACCCUGGCUAGCCAGUGACAAAAAAAAAAGUGAAUGUGCCUUUAAGAAGAAGAGCAGUGAGACAGAGUGUUUCAACUUUAUUCGUGUCCUGGUCUCUUUCAAUGCCACCCAUCUCUACGCCUGUGGCACCUUUGCCUUCAGCCCUGCUUGCACCUUCAUUGAACUCCAAGAUUCCUACCUGUUGCCCAUCUUAGAGGACAAGGUCAUGGAGGGGAAAGGCCAAAGCCCCUUCGACCCUGCCCAUAAGCACACAGCUGUCUUGGCAGAUGGGAUGCUCUACUCUGGCACCAUGAACAACUUCCUGGGCAGUGAGCCCAUCCUGAUCCGCACACUGGGGUCCCAGCCUGUCCUCAAGACUGACACUUUCCUCCGCUGGCUGCAGUCGGACGCCUCCUUCGUGGCAGCCAUCCCUUCGACCCAGGUCGUCUACUUCUUCUUCGAGGAGACAGCCAGCGAAUUUGAGUUCUUCGAGAAACUCCACACUUCCCGCGUGGCCAGAGUCUGCAAGAAUGACGUGGGCGGUGAAAAGCUGCUGCAGAGGAAAUGGACCACCUUCUUGAAGGCCCAGCUGCUCUGCGCUCAGCCUGGGCAGCUGCCCUUCAACAUCAUCCGCCACGCAGUCCUGUUGCCUGCCGAUUCCUCCACCGAUCCCCACGUCUAUGCAGUCUUCACCUCUCAGUGGCAGAUAGGUGGGACCAGGAGCUCUGCUGUCUGUGCCUUCUCUCUCAAGGACAUCAACCGUGUCUUUGAGGGGAGGUACAAGGAGUUGAAUAAAGAGACUUCACGCUGGACUACUUACAGGGUCCCCGAUAUCAUUCCCCGGCCAGGCAGCUGCUCAGCGGGCCCUUCCUCUGAUAAAGCCUUGACCUUCAUGAAGGACCAUUUCCUGAUGGAUGAGCAGGUGGUGGGGACACCGCUGCUGGUGAAGUCGGGCGUGGAGUACACACAGCUUGCGGUGGAGACAGCCCAGGGCAUUGAUGGGCACAGUCACCUGGUCAUGUACCUGGGCACCACCACAGGGCUCCUCCACAAGGCUGUGGCGAGCAGGGACAGCCACUCCUCUGGGGCUCACCUGGUGGAGGAGAUCCAGCUCUUCACUGAUCCCGAACCUGUUCGCAACCUGCAGCUGGUCCCCACCCAGGGCGCAGUGUUUGCAGGCUUCUCAGGAGGCAUCUUGAGGGUUCCCCAAGCCAACUGCAGUGUCUAUGAGAGCUGUGUGGACUGUGUCCUUGCCCGGGACCCCCACUGUGCCUGGGACCCUGAGUCCGGAAUCUGCCGCCUCCUGCCUACCCCUAUCCCGAAGUCCUGGAGGCAGGACGUGCAGCGAGGGAACCCAGAGUGGGCAUGUGCCAAUGGCCUUCGGGGCAGGAGCCGCCCCCAAAUCAUUAAAGAGGUCCUGGCUGUCCCCAACUCCAUCCUGGAGCUCCCUUGCCCCCACCUCUCAGCCCUGGCCUCUUACCACUGGAAUCAUGGGACAGGAACAGCUCCGGAAGCCUCUUCCAUGGUCUACAAUGGUUCCCUCUUGCUGCUACUGCAGGAUGGGAUGACGGGCCUCCACCAGUGCUGGGCCACUGAGAAUGGCUUCUCAUACCCCGUGGUCUCCUACUGGGUGGACAGCCAGGACCAGCCCCUGGCCAUGGAUCCUGAACUGGCGGGCAUUCCCCGGGAGCGCAUAGAGGCUUCACUGACCAGGGUCGGUAGAGGGGCCACCGUGGCUGCCCAGCGGUCCUACUGGCCCCAGUUUCUCACUGUCACUGUGCUCCUUGCCUUAGUGCUUUCAGGAGCCCUCAUCAUCCUCCUUGCCUCCCCAAUGGGGACACUCCGAGCCCGGAGCAAGGUCCAGGGCUGCGAGUCCCUGCCCCCUGGAGAGAAGACCCCACUGAGCCGAGAGCAGGACCUCCAGACUCCCAAGGAAUGCAGGACCUCUGCCAGUGAUGUGGGCGUCGACGACCACCACCUGGGCACUGAGGUGGUUUAAACUCCGGGCACAGGCUGGGACUAUUGGGUAGGGCAGGGCGUCUGGCCAAACUGGCUGGGGGGACCUGGAGCAGUGCAGCCCUGACUCGAGUGGGAGUAGCACAAAGACCACCUUCUUCCCACGAGAGGAGCCUCUCCUGUUGCUCUGUGCCCCUGGCUGCACUCAGUGGGGCUGGCACAGUGGCCUGACUCCACUACGGGACUCCGUUCUACCAAGAGCAGGGCUGUCUAACGGGGCCGCCCCAGACCUGGGCCUAGGCUAUGACAGCAGUGCCUAGAGAUGGUCCUUUGGCUUUGGCCAUUCUGGGACCCUCCCAGAAUGAAGGACAUUGCUCCAGGACACCCUAAAACACCAGGAGCCUAUGGUAAUAAGCACCAAACAUUUAAACAACCCUAAGAUAGCGCAGAACUCCUGGAAACUCCCCAGCUGCUACCUUGGACAGCAACACCCCCUUCUCCCAGGGGUCUGAAAGGCUCUGCAGGGAGCUGUCCCCCGUUCUACUCCCUUAUCAACCGUGUACCACUCACUCCCGGGAAGUCUUUCCUGACGUUGGACCACCUUCCUUCUUGCAGCUGGGGGAGAUUGUGAUCCCUUCUGGCUGGGCUAGAAUGGUAGGGAUAAUCUGAGCCUCCUUCACUCCUUUACCCUGCCUGACCCCUUGACCUAUCACCUCUCUCCUUUCCUUUGUAUCGGAAUUCAGAAAACUGCUUGUCACAGACAGUUUAUUUUUUAUUAAAAAGACAAAGCGUUCAA